AUGUCGAAUCAGCAAACGGUGCAAUCAAAAGGCAUCUACCAUGGUCUCCCAGUCUACUCACCGUCUUUGAAGGGCUUGACAGCGAUUAUCACAGGCGCUAAUGGAAUCUCUGGGAACUACAUGCUGCGUGUUCUGGCGCAAGACCCUGCACGAUGGAGUAAGAUAUACUGCCUAUCUCGAAGGCCACCCGCAAUUCCCGACGGACUGCCAGAAAAUGCUGAGCAUAUCGCGCUCGACUUUUUGAAUGACCCGGAGACGAUAUCAGAAACUCUGAAAGACAAAGGUGUCCAAGCCGACUAUGCCUUCUUCUACAGCUAUGUGCAGACGCAACCAAAGGAGGAUGGAGGUUUGUGGAGCGACGCCGAGGAGAUGUGUCGAGUGAAUGGUAUGUUCGAGAUGUAG